ACCACGCCCCUUGUUUUGCUAUAACAUCGCACGUGGUGUGACAGUGAUGCUACUUACAUGAAGCAGCGCAACACGUGCUUGGAAAGUUUCGCACGGUUUCUGAGCUCUAAUUAAAAAAUUUUGGUGGUAGGGUUUACUCAUAAAAACGACAGCAUUCAUUCACAACAGGAACGACGGAGUUGUUAAGUUUUCAUCAUAUGUCAAACAUGUACUCCAACGGUAGCAUAGUCUCAAGCUGCCCUAUUCCAAGUCGUGUAGUGCCCUCAGAAAACUGGACACAGACGCCUGAGUCUUUGGGACAGACGCCUGGAGGAACUCUUUUCUCCACCACACCUGGGGGAACCAGAAUUGUCUACGACAGGAAGUUUCUGCUGGGUUGUAGGAACUCUCCACUGGCUCGCACCCCUCCCUCCUGUUUACCACAGAUACCAGGGGUUACCAUGCCCACGGUGCACCCCAUGGGGAAGUUGGAGGAACUGGAUGAGAGCAGCAAAGACCUCCCAGGUGAGAUGGGUAUCCUUUCUCAUCCAACAGCCUCAGCUGACGACAGCCAGUUUGUGAUGGACAUGUGAGCUGUCAACUUGUUCCCAUGGAGAAAACAUGAGUUGUUUGACCUUGAGAGGUUACAUUCUGGAUGUCCUCUUUUUUGAAUUCUUACAGACAAAACACACAACGGGUUCGAUCGAGUUGAAAUCUGCAUAGAAAUGUAGAUUUUCAAGAUUUGAAAGUAAGAUGGUCAGAUUACAGUCUGUGGGAAGGAAACAUUAAUACCCUGCGGUGGUUUAAAGGGGUCCUUCAUCUGCUUAUGCUGGGUGUUGGCUGUUACUUUUUCUUUGUCACAAGUAAGAGUUGAAAUAUCCAGUUGUGUCUUUGUGUGGUUUUAGGCAAAUUGCAGGUUUUUAAAUAUAUGUAAUUUCAUGUAAACCACAAUAAGGAUUAUGAAGGUUACCUCAGGCUUCUGUGUGUCAGGAGCUAUGAGUGUUUGUACACCGUGUUGUUCAAAUUCAGAUGAGGGUGAUGGUUGUACUUUAAGGUAAUAAAAAGCACAAAACAA